AUAGUAUUUAGUAACGCACGACGCUCGCUAGUAAUCGCGUGCGCCGUCAUGGCCGGUCAUUUACAUAGUGGUGAACUAUUAUAACAUCUACUACACUGUUUAAAAACAUAAAAGGCACUUCCUAUACGUAGCUAGCAGUACUGAAUGAUUAGUAGCAACAGCACGUUGUUUAUUGUAAAUGAUCUCAUAUUUUAUCUAUUUAUAGAAAACAUUGGAAUUUGGGUGUUCAGUGUCACGCAGUCAGAACAUGAUGAAGUGAGUUAAAUACCAGGUAUUUGGAUGUUUGACUGUUUUAUUGUUGAAAAGUUGUCUGUGUGUGUGUUUUUUUUAACAACUUCUGAUAAGGAAAGUAGAUAUUGUCUAAAGAAUUCCCUGACAUAUUUUCUGAAAAGAUAGUACUUAUCGCAUACCUAGAUGCUGAAAUUAGAAAGUUUUAACUUUUAUAUUACGUAGAAAAAUUAUAUCUACUCUAGUAACAAAAAACUAACUUGAAGAAAUGGCGGACCCAGUAACUACUCAACCAAACAGAAAUAGCGGCAACAAUGUCGAGCUAAAUGACCUAAAUGAAGAGCAACUUCAAGCAAAACGUGUCACAGAAUUAAGGGAAAAAGAAGACGACUGCUGUGAUUCCAUUUUUAAAUGCUACUGUUUGGAAAAAUGCUUACGAAAUUGUCUGACAACUAAUAACGACUAUGAAUCAAAUUCAGAUGAUGGAUAUAAUGAUUAUGUAGAUGACGAGUAUGAGGCCAGAGACGAUGAUACGGAUGUUUUCAGUGGCUUCAACGACACAGAUAAUAAUGAGUAUCAAAAUAAUGAUAAUGAUUUUCCGAGUUAUAAUUGCGAUAACAAUGACUUUGGUGAUUCAACUUGUGAUGCUGAUGAUAGUGGCGGUGGUGAUUACGGAGGAUAUACUACUGACGAUUAAAAUUAAACAUUGGAAUACGA